AUGACUGGUUCCGCUGAAAAGCGGAACAAGAACAAGCACUGUCACUACCAUGAGGAUGUCGGACAUGAUACAAAUGACUGCUUCAGCCUCAAGCAGAUGCUUAAUCGUCUGGCCGACAAAGGAGCGCUGAAAUCUUAUGUGAAGUCCAAAGUGGAUUUUAAAUCGAAUCUUGGGAAGUCGACAAAAAAGACUUCCCAACCUGCUAUCAGCUCUAAAACGGAUUACAAACCGGUUUAUACGAAAGCAGGCAGAUUCGCCGGUGGUGGUCCGACCAUCAGGGGCAAAAAAGACCGUCUAAGAAAGAUGGUCCAUUAUGUUGAUGGGGGACAGGCGGCAAGAAAAUCUGCCUCCCCAGAAGUUAUCAUCACUGAAAAGGAAAGGGGCGAAUUCCGUCGGCCGCAUGACGACCUUGUGGUCAUAGAAUGUAAAGUAGCCAACCAAUUUGUUGGUCGCAUCUUGAUUAACACAGGAAGCUCCAUAGACAUCAUCAGCCGCAAAUGUCUAUCCAACCUUAAAUACAGGCCGGGUAGUAUGAUGGAUGUCUCCCAUCUCCUUGUGGGUUUUGGUGGAGGAGUUGUACAUCCAGUCGGACGCAUUGAUUUGCCCAUCCGAAUGGGGGAAAAAGGUAGCGGUCGGCACAUGACCAUCCGGUUCCUGGUGGUUGAAGAGCUGAACGACUACAAUCUUAUCCUUGGCCAAACCACUCUUAACAAGUGCAAGGCAGUCAUGAUUCCUGCUCUCAUGCUUGUCAAGUAUGAGAAGGAUGAUGGGAUUGUUGGCUCCCUGAACGGGGACCAAAAGACGGCUUGA